UCAAUGGGCUGGGUCUCAGGAGGAUAUAUUGCUGGAUCUACUUUGGGAUGGUGGCUUGAUAGUGCUUGAUGAUCAAAGAUGCACCAACAGUGGCCACUUUUAAAUCUAGACUCAAGACCAAACUGUUCUCAGAUGCUUUUCUUAAUUGAUCAAAUGCUGCACUUUACUGUCUUUUGAUUGUUUUUAUUAUCCUUUUAAUUUGUUUUUUCUUUUAACUUAUACUUUUAUAUUCUUUUAUUCCUUUUUUGUUUGAUUCAAGUUAUAGAAGAAAACUAGUAUAGACAUCAGGAUAAGGAGGAUGCACCACGAGACAGAGGUGGGGCUUUUCUAGUGAAAACGUAUUCCACCCUGCUGCACAAAGACCAGUGUGCAGUCGCAGCAGCAGUCUCUCCUCCACGCUGUGAGUGAGUGAGUGCACACAGCGACCUGCACAACAUCAUCGCCCCACUUUAAGGAACUUUUAAGCCCACCACAUUGCAUGAGCCUGCGUCCACCUUUACUGCUGUUUUCCUCCGGCCGUGUUCCCACUGUGGCUGUUCGGGCAGCAGAACCUCCUCCUCGGGACCAGUGAAGAGAGAAGAAGCUGCGGGAGUGGUCGGGGAAACUUUUUACCAUCAUGAGCUCGCAGACGGUCAACCUUGAUACCUACAGCCUGUCGUUGUACACGGCCAAAGAGGACAUCCUCAACCCACGCUCCUCUGCCAACUGGGCAAUAUUCGCAUAUGAUGGAGUCACCAACAAGCUCAAACUGGCUGACUCAGGAGCGGGUGGUGUGGCAGAGCUGGCAGAGAAGUUUCACAUCUCCAAGCCUCAAUACGGACUGUGCAAAGUGGGAAGCGUGGAGACAGGAGGCCCCCGGAUUGCCAUGAUCAGCUGGGUCGGCCAAAAUGUGGAUGACUUCCGGAGGACAGAAUGUGCCACCCACAUUCCAGCCAUCAAAAACUUCUUCAAGGAAGCACAUGUAUUCGUUGGUGCAGAGAAAGUGGAGGAUGUGACGGAGGAGAAGAUACUAGCAGAGCUCAGCAAGGCCCAGGCCCAGCCUCCUACACAGUGGGUGAGAAGGAGCUCCAGGUCUGCGGACAAGGAGGAACUAGUGGGUACAAACUACAGAAAAACUAAUGCUGCCAUGGAGAUGAGACGGAUAAACAGAGACUCCUUCUGGGCACGAGCAGAGCGUGAAGAGGAAGAGAGGAAAGACGAGGAGAAGAGGCGAGCAGCGGAGGAGAGACGGCGCCUUGAAAGAGAGAGAGUUUCAAAGGAGCGGAGGGAUGCAGAUGAGAGAGACAGAAAGAUGAAUGAGAAGCUACAGAUGAUUGAGGAGCAGAGAAGAAAACAGGCAGAGCAAGAAGAAGAACUGCGCAGGAAGGAGAAACACAAAUGGGAGCAGCAGCAGAGGGAGCACAUGGACGAUAUGAGGGCUCGUCUUAGAAGGAGCGAGUCCAUAGAGAAAGCAGCAGAGGCGGCAGAGUUAGUGUCACAGCGCUCCAUGAACCCGAGGGAGUUCUUCAGGCAGCUGUCAUCAUCAUCAUCACAAAGUCCCACCAGCCCUGGAUCCUCCCGCACCGGCAAACCCUUCAGACGAUACCAGCGCAGCCUGACAGACACGGCCUUCAUCUUCUCUAAAGCAGAAGGGAGCACGUCGACCUCCCCUUACAGUUCACCCCUGGUCUCCCCCUUCGCCCGGGCUCCUCCCUCCCCCAUCUACCGUGCCACGUCUCCCCCCAUGAGCCCCGAUUUCCGCCCUGUCACCUCUCCAGAAAGGCCCAGAGCCCCCAUGUCGCCGCCCACAUCACCUCUUCGCCCCGCCCCUCCAGUCUCAGCGCUGCCCAGCGUUCCACAAACUAACAGCCAAGUUCAGGCUGCUGUUGAGCCCAAACCCCCGUCACCCACGGAACCUUCUGCACCCCCGGCCUCCCCUACUCUCUUGGCUUCCUUGUCCCCCGUUUUAGUAAAGAACAACCCCUCUCAGUCACAUCCAGAGGCCCUGUCUGCCUCGCCCCAAAAUACCCCGACCGAGCCAGAGCACUCAACUUUCUGCUUCGAGUCUCCACAGGCUCCGACAGCUCCUCUUCCAGAGAGACCAUGGCCAAACACAGACCUCAACACAGCCAGUCUUGUGCACACUGAGCUGGUCUCAAACACUGGCUACAUAGCACGGGCUGUACUGGUGGAGGAGGAUGAGGAAGAGGAUGAGGAGGAGCACAAGGAAGAUGAGGCUGAAACACAACCACAGCCUUGUGCUGUUAGCACAGAACCAGUCCAGACUGAGGCAGAGGAGCGGGAGCAAGAGGAGGAGGAAAAGGAGGAGGUGAAGGAAGAGGACAAGGAGGAAGAGGAGGAGGAAUUAAAACAGGAAGCUGAAUGUGAGGUGGUGCAGGAGGAGGAGGAGGAGGAGGAGGAGGCAAAGGAAGAUGGAGAGGAGAAUGACCAAUCAGAAGACAGUCAGACCCCCUCUGACCCUGCUGAGCUUUCAAAGAAAGAUGAAGAGUCAGCCAUCACUGAUGCCGAACCCAUUUGUCAAGUAAUCAAACACGAGACUGUCGUCCCGUCAACCAAUGGGAUCCCAAAUGGAGAGGACACACAGGAACAGAAUGGCAUAGAGCGAUCUUUGAGUCCAUCCGACACAGAACUGAGCUCACCGGAGCUGGCUGUGUGCUACGAACUCCACAGCACAGUAGAGGAGGAUGACAUCGUAGAGGAUGAGGAACAGAUGAUCUCAGAAAAUGGACAAGAGGUUUUAGCCGAGCGACAAAUGUGCGUCCGAGCUCUGUAUGACUACCAAGCAGAGGACGAAUCGGAGAUCUCCUUUGAACCCGGUGACAUCAUCAAGGAUGUGGAAACGGUGGACAAAGCCUGGUGGAGGGGAUGGAGCAAAGAUGGCCGUCAAGGCUUGUUCCCUGCCAAUUAUGUGGAGACCAUAUAGGCAGGCGGAGACACACCAGCACACACACAUACAUAUACACACACACACUCAGGGACACCAUCUCCCCUCACAUUUGUGCAUGUUUUUACCUUAAUCCUCCCACUGAAACUUUGUACUCUCUAUUUUGUAGGAAGGAUAAAGAAAAAAAAUGUGACUCCCUGUUUUGUAGAAAGCAUAAAGAAAAAGCAUGACUCUUUAUUUUGAUGUUUUUUUCGAGCAAAACAAAAUAUUCUCACAAGUAUGCAGAAAUUACCCAGCCUCAUUUUCUUGGAUAAAACAGCGGAGACCUUUUUCUUGGACCAAAAUAACUUAUUUCCUUUUGAGAUACUGCAAGAAUGUUGGUGGGAGGGAUCAGAUCACGAUGACAAAAGGAUCACAAACUUUGCUUUUCUUGUGAGAAACACAAACAGAUUUUUUUUCUAGUGUAUCGUCGUCUUUUUGAUCCACACAUAUAACAAGCAUUCCAUUCUGCUCACCGUUUGCUUUGUGUGUUACAUUUGCUAAAAAAAUUAUUUCCUGCUCUUGACUGGUAUAUAUAAUCAAGAUACAUGUAUCAGACAUCAUCUUAUAAUCACCUCCCUGUGUUUCCUGAGUUAUUUUCUAGCACUGUUUUGUUACUGACAGUCUCACUGCACAUUUUAAUUAGCAACAUAACAAAAGAUAAACAAGCAGAGGAAAAAAAAAGCACUGUGUUGACACCUGUAUUUCUCACUCUUGAACAUGGGUUCUAUUUUGUUCAUAUGGCGAUGUCCUUCCAUACAUGUUGUGAUUACGUCUUAAUUUUUCAGAGAUUUUUAAGAAAUUAAAACAUUCUGUCGACACACAGAUGAUAUGAAAAAAAAUCGUACUUUAAUCUUCUGUAAUAUCUUAAUAAUCUACACUGUAUAUAAGAAUGUAUAAAACACUUCAAAGAUCUUCUCUUUUUCUAUACUGGGCUUGGAUGUUUGUCUGUUGUAUGCUUGUUUGAUGGUAUGUAUGUUCUUUGUAUUUACUCCAAACUUACAAAUAUAUAGCAGCUACAAACCCAAA